AUGACCGACAACAACACGCUGUUCCGCGGGCUGCUGCAAAAACCGUACGAGCCAACCUUCGUACCGAAGUCGGAUGGCAAGCUGUACUACGAUCUGCCGGAAGCGUACCUGACCGAUCAGUACCGGCCAUUCGGAGGCACGUUGCAGAGCCGCUUCGGUGCGAACGCGGAACGGCGCGUCCCAUUCCCGAACGUAUCGCUGCCGGACUUGUCGUUCGCAGAUGUCGUGAGCCGGCGGGGACAUUUCUCGGUGUUCAACGCUGCCCAUCGGCGUGCCGCUAGCAGCUUGAUUCAGCUGUUUCUCGACCAACCGGAUCCGGCCGCCCUGAGUGCGUUGGCGGCGUACGCACGCGAUCGCCUAAAUGCACCUCUGUUCCAGUACGCGCUCGCGAUCGCACUAAUUCACCGGGAUGAUACGCGUGACGUGGAGAUUCCGAGCUUCCUGGAGCUGUUCCCGGACCGGUACGUGGACCCGGCCGUGUUUCCGCUUCUGCGCGAGGAGGGCAGUCUGGUGGACCGGGGCAACCGGCGGGCCAUCGAUAUUCCCCGGAACUACACCGCCUCGGAUCGGGUCGACGAACAGCGGGUCGCAUACUGGCGGGAGGAUGUAGGGCUCAGCCUGCACCACUGGCACUGGCAUCUGGUGUAUCCGUCGAGCGGACCCGACCGGGUCGUGCGAAAGGAUCGCCGUGGGGAGCUGUUCUACCACAUGCACCAGCAGACGAUCGCCCGGUACAACAUCGAACGCUUUGCGAACGGUUUGCCCCGAACGGUGUCCUUUGCGCAACUACGGGAACCCAUCCCAGAGGCGUACUUUCCGAAGAUUAUUCGCAGCUCCGACGGGAGGGCUUACUCAUGCCGCUACGCCAAUCAACUGAUGGCUGACGUCAACCGAACUGAAGACCAAUCGACGGUGAAAAUAGCGGACAUGGAUGUGUGGAUCAGGCGUAUCUUCGAAGCCAUCGAUAGUGGAGUUGCGCAGACGAGUAAUGGUGAUCGAGUGCAACUGAACAACAAAGAAGGCAUCGACAUUCUCGGCGAUAUACUGGAGGCGAGCACGCUGUCGAUCAACUUCGACUACUACGGCGACUAUCACCAGAACGGACACGUCAUGCUAGGCUACAUCCACGAUCCGGACAACACGUACCUCGAGGGGGUCGGCGUGAUGGGCGAUCUCACGACGACGAUGCGCGAUCCGCUGUUCUAUCGCUGGCACCAGCACAUCGACGACAUCUUCGUUCGCCACAAGCAGCGUCUUCCGGCGUACACCGCAUCGGACCUUGCCUUCAAUGACGUCACUGUCGAUUCGUUCGAUGUGCAGCUGAACAGACCGAACGCGCCGAAGAACACACUGCUUACGUUCUGGCAGCGGUCCCAGUUCGACCUUGGCACCGGGCUGGACUUCGUCCCGGAGGGCAAUCUGUUCGUAACGUUCACGCACAUCCAGCAUGCCCCGUUCACGUACCGCUUCCAGGUGACCAAUCGGACCGACCGUAACAAGCGUGGAACGGCUCGGCUGUUCCUGGGACCGAAGGUGAACGAACUUCGGCAGACGCUGCCUUUCAGGGACCAACGGCGUCAUAUGGUGGAACUGGAUAAGUUUAUGGUCGACUUGCGCCCCGGAACGAACUCCAUCGUGCGCCGAUCGGACCAAUCGAACCUAACCAUUCCGUACGAGCGAACGUUCCGUAACAUUGCCGCCUCCAGCCAGCCCGGUACGGAGGUGUUCCAGUUCUGCAACUGCGGCUGGCCAAACCAUAUGCUGCUGCCGAAGGGCAGUCCGGACGGGUUGGAGUACGACUUUUUCGUCCUGAUCUCCGACUACAACCAGGACCGGGUGGAGGAGUUCGACGAGAACGACAACUGCAACGAUGCCCACAUGUUCUGUGGGUUGCGUGACCGCCGUUUUCCCGAUGCACGCAGCAUGGGCUAUCCGUUCGAUCGGUUCACGCCGAGCUCGGUGAAAAGUUUGCAAGAGUUCUCCCGACCGUAUGGCAACAUGAGGACGGUACCGGUUACCAUCCGGUUUACGAAUACCGUCAUCGCAAGAACCUAACCCUGGGAGGGUUA